AUUAGAAGAGUUAUGAAAAAGAGGUUCAUAAAGAAGUUCCCCCCAUUUUCCCCCCUUUUUUGCAGGAAAAGAGGCUGCUGCAUUAGAGUGCAAAUCUUUUGCCAGCAGUUGGGAAAAAGAUAGGUUCUGCAUGAACUCCGCCUUUGGCCGGAGACCUGAUGAGAUGAAGGGCCGCUGAGAGGCGGCGUCCCUUCCUGCCUGCCUUAACGAUGGGCCUUGUGAUGACGUCACCUCAAGCGCAAAACUAGCAGCUGGACGGACCUCUUUUCCAGCACGCUUGCAAAAGAGGACGGAGGGACUGAGCUGAGCUAGGAGCCUCCCCUGCGAGCGCGAAAUGGCCGCAGAGCAGUGGGGAGAAUUCCCAGCAGGCCUGAAUCCCCAGCGACAAACAGCACUUGAGGAAGGCGUGAAGCCGGGGGUGAAAAUGGACCAGCGGCAGGAAUUAUCAGGACCGAAACCAGAGGUAGGUACCGGGGGCACCUCUCGAGCCACCCAGAUGGGGACACUCAGGCAUCCUCUGAGCUGGCCGGAGGCACAACGCGUUAAACAGGAACCGGGAGAGGAGCUGUCGUCACAGCAGUGGGAAACCCACUGGCAGGAGUACCUCAAAACAGUGCAGACCCCUCGUUCAGGAGAGGGAAACCCAGAGCUGCCUUGGGGUGAGGCUACGACUUCUGUGCCUUCCUUUGAGUGGGCGGGGGAUACCAGCCAGUGCGCCAGAGAAGAGCGUAUAUUUAGAUCCUCACCUGGAACAGCAAAGCAAGUCAGUUUCAGGCCAGAAUCCGCAGGCGGGAGCGACUAUGGGCAGCUGGAAGAGAUCAAGAGGGAGGACGCCAGCAGCUGGGAGGCGCAGCGCCUGCCGUUCAGGCAGCUCCGCUACCAGGAUGCCCAGGGGCCUCGAGAGGUUUACUGCCGACUCUGGGAGCUUUGCCAUCAGUGGCUGAUGCCAACGUGGCGCACCAAGGAGCAGAUCCUGGACCUGGUGAUUCUGGAGCAGUUCCUGGCUGUCCUGCCCUCGGAGAUGCGGAGCUGGGUGAAGGAGCGAGGUUCUGAGAGCUGCUUCCAGGCUGUUUCCCUAGCAGAGGAUUUCCUUCUGAGGCAGCAAGUGGCUGGGGAAUCUGAACGGCAGGGACUGGGAACGAUUGAAAAGGUCAUUGUGCAUGUCUCUGGAAGAGAACAUCCCCUGCUGGAUCCAGGUCAAAGUGCUGAGCGCAGGAAAGCCGGGCAAGAGCAUUAUGGAAACAAGGAACUCUUGGGUGAUAAAGAGGAUGAAAAGCAUAGCGUGGAAACCAAAGCGAAGCAGACCUUGAGGAAGAAAUCCAUUGCUUCUGAAGAGGCUGACUUGCAUGAAAUUCCCACCCAAGAAGAAUAUUGGAGGGGAAAUGAGGGCGAUGAAUUUCCUCUAGGUGCAGACAUCUUAACUACUAAAGCAAACGUUAGUACAAAUGCAAAAAUGCAAAAGGGAGAAAAACCCUGCAAAUGCUUAGAUUGUGGCAAGAGCUUCAGUAACAGAAAAAGUUACGCUGUCCAUCAAAGAAUUCACACUGGGGAGAAACCAUAUAAAUGCUCAGAUUGUGGAAAGAGCUUCAGGCAAAGGAUACAGCUUACUAUACACCUAAGAGUGCACACAGGGGAGAAACCCUUUACCUGUUCAGAGUGUGGAAAGAGUUUCCGUUGUAGCUCAAACCUUAUUUCUCAUCAGAGAAUUCAUACCGGGGAGAAACCUUUUCAGUGUCAAGCAUGUGGAAAGAGUUUCAGUUGGAGCAAAAGCCUUACGUUACAUCAGAAAAUACAUAAAGGGGUGACACCAUUUAAAUGCUCAGAGUGUGGAAAAAUCUUCAGUAGGAGCAAAAGCCUUCAUUUGCAUCAAAGGAGCCACAGAAGAGGGAGAUCGUAUAUAUGUUCAGAGUGUGGAAAAACCUUCAACAGGAAUAAAAGCCUUACUCUGCAUCAAAGAAGCCACACAGGAGAAAAGCCGUAUAUGUGUAUAUUGUGUGGGAAAAGGUUCAGCAGUAGCUCAAACCUGAGCUCACAUCAGAGAACACACACAGAGGAGAAACCAUACAAAUGCUCCGUGUGUGAUAAGAGCUACCGUCAUAGCAUUACCCUUACUAUACAUCACAGAAGCCACACAGGAGAAAAGCCGUAUGUAUGUGCACUGUGUGGAAAAAGCUUCCGUCACAAGCACCAUCUUACUUUACAUCAAAAAAUCCAUACAGGUGAGAAACCGUUUACAUGCUCAGUAUGUGGAAAGAGCUUCAGUUACAACAUAAAUCUUACAAGGCAUCAGAGAAUCCACACAGGGGAGAAGCCAUAUAAGUGCUUAGAGUGUGGAAAGGACUUUAGUAGGAGCAACAAUCUUCGAUCACAUCAGAGAACCCAUACAGGGGAGAAACCAUAUACGUGCACAGAAUGUGGAAAGAGCUUCAGUCGGAACACAACCCUUGCUGCCCAUCAAAGAAUCCACACUGGGGAGAAACCAUAUAAAUGCUUGGAGUGUGGAAAGAGUUUCAGUCGGAAUACAGGCCUUACUUCACAUCAGGAAACUCAUAAAGGGACAAACCAUUUAAAAGCUCAAAGUCUGGGGAAAGAGCUCGAGUAAUCACGCAACCUGCAGCUAAUGUAAAAAAUAUAUUUACAUAAAGGAGAAUCCUGUGAAUCCACAAAUGCCUGAAGUAUGGACAGAUAGUGUACAGAUCUACAUUUCAAAGAAUUCCUCCCCAGAAAGGGAGUAUAUACAUAAUUCUUUCUGACCAAUCGUUUUAGGAGGAGCAACUCAUAGAAAUGGUCAAAAUCUGGUGAAAAAAGCCAUCUCCUUGAAACAAAUUUCAGUUAGAGUUAGAUCUUCAUUUCAAAGAAUUCUUCCCCAGAAGGAGGUAUACAUAUAAUUAGACUAUAUAUUUUCUGACCAAUCGUUUUAGGAGGAGCAACUCAUAUAAAUGCUCAAAAUCUGGUUGAAAAAAGCCAUCUUGAAGCAAAUUUCAGUUAGAGCCAGGAUCUUCAUUUCAAAGAAUUCCUCCCCAGAAGGAGGUAUACAUAUAAUUAGACUAUAUAUUUUCUGACCAAUCGUUUUAGGAGGAGCAACUCAUAUAAAUGCUCAAAAUCUGGUUGAAAAAAGCCAUCUUGAAACAAAUUUCAGUUAGAGCCAGGAUCUUCAUUUCAAAGAAUUCCUCCCCAGAAGGGAGUGUAUACAUAAUUAUAUAUAUUUUCUGACCAAUCGUUUUAGGAGGAGCAACUCAUAAAUGCUCAAAAUCUGGUUGAAAAAAGCCAUCUCCUUGAAACAAAUUUCAGUUAGAGCCAGGAUCUUCAUUUCAAAGAAUUCUUCCCCAGAAGGAAGUGUAUACAUAAUUAUAUAUAUUUUCUGACCAAUUGUUUUAGGAGGAAGAGCGACUCAUAGAAACCCUCAAAACCUGGUCAAAAAAGCCAUCUCCUUGAAACAAGUUUCAGUUAGUGCCAGGACUAUAAAUGUAUUAGAGCAGGUUUGUUAUUGGCCCCCUAUGGCAAAUAAAUCAUGUCUUGGCAACCA